AUGAACGACAAUCGCGUUCAUGCGUGUGGACACCUUGCCACCGUCCUCAAAUCAUCAUCCACAUUCUUACCCAAGUACCGCGACGUAGUCUCGUGGGAAACCCGCCGGCGACAACAUAUAAAGAAUCCAACCGUCAGGCGCAAGGUCGCCGUUCCUACCUGUGGGGCUUGUCAUGCUGCGCUAUAUCGACCGGUUGUCUGUUUACACUGCUCUUUUGCGGGAUGCUGGAGAAGCGAACAUAUUACGACCCACUUGCGUCAAGCACAACACUCGUUCAGCAUGGAUGCUCGGUCAGGGGCGGUCUUCUGCAUAGAGUGUAAUGACUUCAUCUUCGACCCAAUUUUUGAAGACAUAAGGUUGUCUGCAACAGUUCAUGUGGAGGAGGAGCAGACGCGAUUUCAAGCCUCUAAGAAGGCACGAGAGCGGUUUCAACGUUGGGAGCCAAGCGAGCAGGACACCAUUGCACUCCAAAAGGCGGUGCCGAUUUCGUGUCAAGGUCGUCGCGGUCUUCUCAACCUUGGGCAAACAUGCUUCAUGAAUGUCGUUCUGCAGUGUUUCGUCCACAAUCCUAUGCUGCGAAACUACUUCCUCAGCGACAAACACAACAAUCGCAAAUGUAAGACAGAAGAGGACUGCACAUGUUGCGAAAUGGACAAACUAUUCUCAGAGGUCUUUUCUGGCGAGUCGGCCCCAUUUGGACCUGUCACCUUUCUGGCCACAACAUGGCGGAAAUCGCUGGAACUUUCUGGAUACGCCCAACACGAUGCUCACGAGUUCUUUAUCUCAACACUUAAUAACAUCCACAGCACCUCGGUUGGCUCGACGAACGUGACAUGUAACUGUGUCGUUCAUUCGACGUUCCAGGGGCUGUUGCAAAGUGAGGUUGUUUGUGAGCGGUGCCAUAACGUGACAACCACCGUCGACCCCAUGCUGGAUAUCAGUUUGGAGUUGAAGGGGAAGACGGGAGAACCACAUGGGGCCACAGAAAAUACACUAGCAGCAUGUUUGAGGAGGUUCACGCAACCAGAAAAACUUGGACCGAAGCAAUACAGUUGCGCCAAAUGCAAAGCUGCUCACGAGGUAUCUAAGCGUUUAAGCAUUCGGAAACUACCACCUGUUCUGAGUUUCCAAUUCAAGCGAUUCGAGCACAAAACAGAAAAAGGUGCACCUCGGAAAAUCGACACGCGAAUAAGAUUUCCAGAGACUCUCAACAUGGCGCCAUAUACCUCGCUAGGAAUGAAAGCGUCCGCCCACGCCAAUAAAGGGCCCGCCAAGGAGACGUCAUCUCCUCCACCGUUGCAUCAUGUGUUGACAUACCCGGGCCCGACGGCGAUGUAUGAGUAUGACCUCUUCGCGGUCAUCAACCAUGAGGGACAGCUCAACAACGGACAUUACACCAACUAUGCGCGGUUUGAGAAUGAGUGGUAUCGUUUCGAUGACGACAAAGUGGUCUCGGCCCCGCUGAACAACGUCCUCAACUCAUCGGCGUACAUGUGUUUCUACGUGAAGCGUCAUCUGGACUACCGGCCGAAUGAAGUUCCGUCGUAUGUUCAGGCGCGAGAGAAGGAGCUCGAGAAGGAGAAGGAACGCGAACGCGAGAGGGAGCGAGAGUUAGAGCGUCAGCAAGAGAAGGAAGUCGACGAUGCUCUGCUUGCGAUGCUGUAG